GCAGCGCGGGAAGCAAAACAAAUGGUAGAUAUGGACAUUUGACUUUCACUUGAUUUUACAUUUUUAUCUCUAAAAUGACCUCGCCCUCCUGCGGUUGGGUAAAGAAAACGAUAAAUGGACCUGUUCCGGCUCCAAGGCAGGGCCAUGCAGCAGCUGUUGUGAACAAGAAGGCAUACAUCUUUGGUGGUAGCAGUGGGAGUUGGUUUGGUGGUGAACACAGUGAUUCCACCAGUGACCCAGUUUACUUGAAUGACCUGUUUGUUCUUAAAAUUGGAUUACAGGUCACCUGGGAAAAAUCACAGCAACUGGGAGAUAUUCCUUCUGCAAGGGAUGGACACACAUUGAGUGCUGUUGGUUCUAUACUCUAUCUUUUUGGUGGAUCAAAUUAUCCAGAAUCUGAUGAAUGUUUGGAUGGAUUGUAUGCCUAUGAUAUAGGAACAUUAUCUUGGGAAUUGUGUCCAACUCAAGGACAUCAACCCAGAGUCUUAGGACACACAACUGCAGUGGUAGGAGACACUUUGUAUAUAUUUGGAGGAAUUUAUCAUGGGACUGCCACAAAUACUCUCUACAUGCUGAAUACAGGGAAUUUAACAUGGACACCUCUAAGAGCAUCUGGUAACCCUCCCUCACCCAGAUGUGAUCAUGCUUGUGCCGUGGCUGGUGAGAAGUUUUACAUUAUGGGAGGGACUGGGGGCAAGAAGCUUUGGUAUAAUGAUUUACAUGUCUUUGAUACAGUGACAUUGAGAUGGGAUGCCGUAAAUGCCCAGGGCCAUAAGCCACAUGCUAGGAGUCUUCACACCUUGAGUACACAUCACAGCAAGGAUAUUUAUUUGUUUGGGGGUUCGAACGAUGUGGCAAAAGUUACAGCACCAUUUGAUGACAUAUACAAGCUUAGCUUGACUAAAUUGAAAUGGAAGAAACUUCAAUGUUCUGGUGAAGGACCUGAAAGAAGACAGGGACACACUGCUGUAAUGAUUUACGGACAGCUCAUAAUUUUCGGCGGAAUGGAUGACCAGAAGGAUUUUAAUGAUGUUUGCAUAUUGCAGACACGUGCUGCCUUGAAGCACCUCCCCUCAGAAAUGAGAGAAAAUGAUAUACUAUCGUCGUCUUUAUCCAGUGGCGGUGGUGAUAUCCCAGGCCCACUGACAUCCUAUGAUAUGUCGAUGCAAGUUCCUGCACCAUAUAGAGCUGUCAUUCCUGCUGUUACCGAGCCGGCCAAACCCCCUGAGUUCGAUGAUGUGAAGGCGUCGUUCACCGAACGCGUUGACGUGAUUUUUGAAGAUCUUUCAAAGAAGUACGCGGAACUUGAAACACAGAGGGAAGCUUUAAAGAACGCGGUGGAAGCUUUCCAAGAGGAAAAGGCGGCACAUAUUGAGUUAUACGAGAAACAGCAGAAGGAAUUGGAGGAUAUGAUAAGCAAACACAGAGUAGAAAACGAGGAAUGGAUUAACGCACGGAAACAAGAACUUGAAGAGGAAAGAAGUAAAUUAGAAUUGGAAAAGAGUCAAUUGGUUGAAGAACGGGAAAGACUUCGAAAGGAAAAAAUAGAAUUUGGCGAAAAAAUCGAAGCUAUCGAAAAGCUCGGUGGAGGAACCAGCCAUCUAAUAAAUGGAGCUAGCUGAACAGAGAAUCAAUCGAUCAUAUCUGUACAUUGACCCUCUAACUCCCAGGUGUGAUUAACAUGUAAAUUCUCCUCAUGAUAUCCAUAUGUUAUCCCGUGAACAAGUAAUGAGAAUACUCAAACUUAUCCGGUAGAAGUUGUUGUCUUGAUCUAACAUCAAAUUCCCAUAACUAAUUUACAAGAAAAUUUUUAGCAGCUGGAGGAGAGAAUUCACGAUCAUAUCUGGGAUUUAAAGGUUAAGGCAUAGUAAUUACAACGAACAAUCAGAGGAAAGAAGAAUACCUUAAAGAGCCACUGUGACUGAAACUCAAAGUAUAACCGAUCAAACUGUCUAAAGCGCGGGAAAACGCGGGGACCAACGGACCAAGUCGUGAUUGGUAUUAGUUUUGCAUUUGAUUGGUUGAGAGAGUGGCGCGAGUUUGCUGGACCAAUCAGAAACAAACACAAAGCCAUCCCGGACCACUUUCGACACUCCAUUGAAAUUUGCUCUUUCUGGAUUCUUAAUAUUCUCGACGAAUUAACUAAGUAGAGAAUUCUACCUAGUGAACCAACACAUCCCACACAAAUAGCACUUCAAUGUCGCUUAUAAAGCACAAAUACUAUUUA